AUGUCUGUGGACGACGAUACGCUACAAAAUAUAUUUGCUCAGCAAUGUAAGUUCGAUGCUAGAUUUAGUGCUCCACCUACUAUGACCACCAAUGCUAUUUGUGUUCCUAUUGUGGUUCAAAAUGUCAUUUGCUUUGGCUUAGUGGAUACGGGUGCUACGUUUUCGUGCGUCACUGACAAGUUCUUUCAAUUCUUAGGAGGAACCUCUCUUGCUGGAUUUGAGGCUAAUGAUGAUGAUGAGAGCUUUGUUCAAAUGGCUCAUGAAGUAACGACUGUGCCUAGAAUAGGUGCGGUACGUUUGCACAUUAGCUACAAUAAAUCAAAUAAAAACCAUUUGUUUGAAGUAUUUCCAUUCUAUUCUGAGGAAAACGUACCUGUGUUGCUUGGUAUGGAUAUUUUGUCCAAGCUUGGCAUUGGUCUUACGGGCUUGGUGAGUCAACAUGGCUUUCAAUCAGGUCCUCGUGUACCAGACCCUAUUGAUGAUGGUAUUACUCCAAACGCACAUCCUUUUGGUAGUGAGGAAGAGAGACAGCCGUUUCUACUUGCACUAAAGGGGUUAUUAGAAGAGAAUUCGCGCAUUGAUAUGAAGAAUACUCAGUGUAAUCUGCCGGAUUCGAUUAUUAAGCUUGAUACUAAACCAGGUGCUGUCGCUUGGCGAGCUCAAUAUCCUUUGCCUGAAGCUUAUCGUGAUGCUGUUGCCAAACAAAUUCAGAUAUGGCUUGAUGAGGGUGUUGUUGAAAGAUCUGCUAGUCAUACACGUUUCAAUCAUCCAUUGUUGGUUGUAAAGAAAAAGGACGCUGAUGGUAAUUACACAAUGUCUAAGCCUAGAGUGGUGUGUGACGUUCGUAAGCUGAAUGCUAUCUUGGAAGUGGAUGACAAACAACAGUUACCUUUGAUCUCUCAUAUCCAUCAGAGCAUUGGUACAAAAAUGAUUCAUACUUGUCUCGAUAUCCAUGCUUGCUUUACUAGCUUUGGUUUGGAUCCAGAGCAAGCUCAUAAAGUUUCAUUUACUUGUCCCUUCACGAAUAUCCAAUACACCCAUAAAAAGGCUGCUUAUGGAAUUCGCCAUGUCGGAUCGGUGGUUGUACGCACAUUGCAAACACUGCUCUCUGAUUUGAAUACAAGCUCUAGUUCUACUUCGUUUCCUACUGAUGGUGAUCACUCGGUUUCCUGCUAUGUAGAUGACAUCUUAUGCAGUAGUAAUGGGAGCCUACAAGAUCACUAUGCGUUGGUUGCUGAGGUAAUUCGUCGUUUAACCGAUGCUAAUUUGGUGCUCAAUCCUGAGAAAGUCGUCUUCGCUCAGCGUAGUAUUUAUCUCUUGGGAUGGAGUGUUAUUAAUGGUAAAUUACUGCCUGACGGUAGAAAACUUACCAACAUUGCAGAUUGGCCGACUAUUACCACUGGUCGUCAAUUGGCAUCUUUCUUGGGUUUAAUGUCGUACUUUCGUGCUGCCAUUCCAUGUUAUUCUCGUCUGACUCGAGAUCUUGAUAGCUUGAAACAGUACAAGGAUCUAACAGAUGUUUGGAAUGAGUCUCAUACAAAAGCGAUUGCCGACUUGAAGGAUGCACUUACGAUGGCACUUGUGCUGUCACCUCCUGAUUUUUCGAUUCGAUUUCACUUGGCUACUGAUGCUAGUUUAACUGCUCUUGGCGCGGUUUUAUAUCAAGUGGUCAACGAUGAAAUUCGAUAUGUAGGUCUCGUAUCUCGUAAAUUGUCUGUUUCUGAGCGUAACUACAGUACUACGAAAAGGGAAUUGCUAGGGAUUUGCUAUGCCUUGGUUAAGUUUCAUCGUUUUCUGUAUAUGCGAGAGUUUACCUUACAUACGGACCAUAAGAGUCUGAUCUACUUGAAUACACAGGAAGUCCCCAAUGCACUCAUGCUUGGAUGGUGGGAGACCAUUUUUUCUUAUACUUUCGAUAUUGUGCAUUUGCCCGGUGUCCUUAACGUAAUUCCUGAUGCUUUAUCUCGACUUUACGAAGAUUCGGAUGCUGAUGCUUCAGCACGACAUCUUCUGGGGGGCAGGUACUAUGCUGAUGGUGGUGAAAGUGUAAAGAGAAAGAAAAAGGGUUCCAAAAACAAACUCAAGGUUGUCACACCUUCGCCUCCAAUGAAACGUACUUUGGUCAGGACAACUAAGGCGUUACGAUCUAAUUCUUCUAGCAACUAUGCACGCACUGCGGUAAACGCUACUCUUAUCAAAGAUGGCACCACCACAGCUGUCUCGCAAAAGCAAAAGGAAUUCAUAUUGCGUACGCUUAGGUUUGCUGACUAUAUCACUCCUCCUGCUAAUGAAAGAGACAAUAUGAUCAUUGCUCAGCAUCUGGUUGGACAUUUUGGGAUCAAACAUAUUGAAACUGCAAUUCAUCAUGAAGGGUUUCACUGGGUGAACAUUCGGAAAGACAUAGAAAGAAUAUUAGCUGAUUGUGACGAGUGUAACAGGUACAAUAUCGCUAGAGAGGGAUAUCAUCCUUUCCGUAGUGUCAAUGCAGCCCAACCUUUGGAUCAUUGGUGCAUGGAUCUCGGUGAUAUGGGUGUUACUAGCUCUUUCGGCAGCAACUUUCUAUUUGUCCUUACUGAUUACUUUACGAGAUUUACUGUGAUAAGAUGCAUUCCAGACAAGAAGGCUACGACAAUUGCCAGGGAAAUGCUUCAAGUUUUCUCACUUUUUGGAUGGCCAAUCAAGUUGACUUCAGACAGAGGCCUGGAAUGGAUAAAUGAGGUGGUCCGUGCUAUGAUGGACAUCAGUGGGAUAGACCAUCGCCUGUCAUUAGGGUACAAUCCAUUGGGUAACUCGGUUUCUGAGUCAUUUAUCAAAAUAUGUAAGUUAACGACUAUCAAGUUGUUAAAAGGUAAGAGGGAUCAAUGGGAGCACUUCAUUCCGUGGGUGAAUUACUGCAUCAAUGUCAAGUAUGCUCGGCUACAUAAAUCUCGUCCGUAUACACUUUUGUUUAAUCGUCAACCAAAUGGUCUGGCUGAUUACUCAAAGGUGGACUAUUCCAAACGUUUGGAGAAAGCUGAUAACAGACUCAUUGACAAACGAUACCGUUUUGUACAAGAUGUUCUUAUCCCGGCUAUUUCUAAGCGUAUUGUGGAUACACAAAAUGCUGAUCAUGCUAACUUUGCGAAGAAACAUAAGGUCAUUGCCGAACCCUAUCCUAUUGGUAGUAAGGUUAUGAUUAAAAAUGUUCAUCGUCAAAAUAAGUUAGAUGAACGGUAUGAAGGACCUUAUUUGAUUCAUAGUAUAACCGAUAAAGGUUCCUAUGUGCUGGCUGACAAGACGGGUGCACUCCUUAGUCGAGAUGUGCCUACCCAUCAUAUCAAGUACCAAGUCGCUGCGAAUCCUCAGCCAAUCACAAUUGAUGAAUUCUCUGCAGAGCAUUACGAAAUUCAAGCUGUGAUUGAUCAUAGAGGAUCUCCUGGUAACUAUGAGUAUAAGGUAAAAUGGAAAGGGUUCGAUGAUCCUAGUGAAGAUACUUGGGAGCCUGUGAAAAACUUUGAUUCGGCCAAACACAUUGAGCUGUAUUGGGCUCGAAGAGAAGGUGCAAAGGCUGCUGGUAAACGUAGGUUAGCUCCUCAAACAGUUAACUGGCGAACUACUACUACUCGCGAAAUUGGUCAGAGCGGUAGAUCAAACAGGUCUUAA